AUGGGCUUUUCAGCAGUUGCUGUGAACGGCAAGACCUAUAAUGAGUCCAUACAUAAGGAAAUCGAGACGUUACAGCACCAGGUCAUUGUCACCUCACCAGAUAUGUGCCUUGAACACAAUGGAUUUCAGAAGCUUCUAAGUGAUCCAAAAUUUGCUGCCCAUAUUUCUACCUUCAUUAUUGACAAGGCACACUGCAUCUCUCAAUGGGGCGAUAAAUUUCGACUAGUAUAUUCAGAACUCGGGACUCUGCACUCAUUUGUUUCAGCAAAUAUUCCCUUCCUUGUUACGUUGGCAACACUUCCUCCUUUGGUCUUAGCUGAAGUAUGGAAAAUCAUGCACAUCCAGUCUGAUAAUUCCUAUCAUAUCAAUCUUGGUACUGAUCGGCCCAAUAUCACAUGGUUUGUUCAGUUGAUGAAAGGUGGAAAAACUAAUUUUGAGUCAUUGGACUUUUUGGUACCUUCUGGAGGUUCUGGCGAUGACAACAUUGAUCUCAUUCAAUCCAUGGUUUUUUUGAUGAUAUUAAUGUUGCAAUGGGCGCGAUGA